AUGGCGGGAGGAGGUGGAGGUCGGGAGGAGGAGGAGGUGGUGGAAGGGAGGAGGUGGAGGCCGGGAGGAGGUGAGGGUCGGGAGGAGGUGAGGGUCAGGAGGAGGUGGUGGAAGGGAGGAGGUGGAGGCCGGGAGGAGGUGAGGGUCGGGAGGAGGUCAGGGUCAGGAGGAGGUGGUGGAAGGGAGGAGGUGAGGGUCGGGAGGAGGUGGAGGCCGGGAGGAGGUGAUGGUCGGGAGGAGGAGGAGGUGGUGGAAGGGAGGAGGUGGAGGCCGGGAGGAGGUGAGGGUCAGGAGGAGGUGGUGGAAGGGAGGAGGUGGAGGCCGGGAGGAGGUGAGGGUCAGGAGGAGGUGAGGGUCGGGAGGAGGUGGAGGCCGGGAGGAGGUGAGGGUCGGGAGGAGGUGAGGGUCGGGAGGAGGUGGAGGUCGGGAGGAGGUGAGGGUCGGGAGGAGGUGGUGGAAGGGAGGAGGUGGAGGUCGGGAGGAGGUGGAGGUCGGGAGGAGGUGAGGGUCGGGAGGAGGUGGAGGCCGGGAGGAGGUGAGGGUCGGGAGGAGGUGAGGGUCGGGAGGAGGUGGAGGCCGGGAGGAGGUGAGGGUCGGGAGGAGGUGAUGGUCGGGAGGAGGUGGAGGUCGGGAGGAGGUGAGGGUCGGGAGGAGGUGAGGGUCGGGAGGAGGUGGAGGUCGGGAGGAGGUGAGGGUCGGGAGGAGGUGAGGGUCAGGAGGAGGUGA